AUGCCCCCUCAACCAUCUUCUGUGACGGCUCUGUCCGCCCCAGGGAAGGUCCUCCUCACCGGUGGAUACCUUGUCCUCGACCGCAGCUACACCGGCACCGUCUUCGCACUCGACGCACGAAUUCACGUUGUCGUCCAGCAAUUGCGACGAGGCCAUCGCCGGGGACCUUCGGGGUCAGGAGCGGACACUAAGACAGCUGCCCUGGGUGGAGAGCCACAGGGUGUCAGCUCCGAGGAUCAAGAGGCCGCGGAUACCAUCGUGGUGCGCUCUCCACAGUUUGUGGAUGCGGUGUGGGAAUACGGUGUUCAGCGAUGCGAAAAUGGUGGCGGUGUGAAAGUGUUCCAGAAGGGCAACAGGCCCCGGAACCUAUUCGUCGAGACCUCUCUAAGCUAUGCCUUGACCUACAUCAGCUACGUCGCCGACUCCAAAGACUUCGGAUCAUUGUCGGUCACCAUCCUGGCCGAUAAUGACUACUACUCAGAGACGGCCACUUCCAGGGGCCCGGCGUCCCGGGCGCGCGGUCGCUUUGCCAACUUCGGCGUGCCUCUACAAGAAGCCCACAAGACGGGUUUGGGCUCCUCGGCUGCGCUAGUCACUGCCCUUGUCUCGGCUUUGGUCAUUCACCGCACCAUGCAGGCCGACGAUCUCGGCGCUGGCCGCGACAAGCUCCAUAAUCUGGCCCAAGCGGCCCACUGCGCCGCCCAGGGCAAGGUUGGAUCGGGAUUCGACGUCGCUACUGCAGUCUAUGGAUCGUGCCUCUACCGACGGUUCUCGCCGGCGAUUCUGGCGUGCGUGGGCGAUGUGGGCACCGAUGGGUUUGAGGAGCGGUUGUUUGCAGUUGUCGAGGACGCUGACCCGAAGCACCCGUGGGACACCGAGUGUGUGGACUUUGGCAUGCAGCUUCCGCGGGGGAUGCAGAUGGUUCUGUGCGACGUUGAAUGUGGCUCGCAGACUCCCUCGAUGGUCAAGAAGGUGUUGGAAUGGCGGAAUGCCAACCGCAAGGACGCCGACCUCCUGUGGGGCAAGCUCCAGAACAAUAAUGAACGACUACGACAAGAGCUGAAGCGUCUGGCACAGCAUCCUGGCUCGAACCCGGAUGGUGAUUUUUCCGGCAUCCGCUCCUCGAUCCAGCGAACACGGGAGUACAUCCGCACCUUGACCCAGGAGACUCAAGUCCCUAUCGAGCCCAGCGUUCAGACCGAGCUGCUGGACAACCUCAUGGAGAUUGAGGGUGUGAUUGGGGGGGUGGUCCCCGGCGCCGGCGGAUACGAUGCCAUUGCACUGUUGAUUCGGGAUGACCCAACAGUGAUUGCCCGGCUGAAUGAGCGGUUCGCCAACUACUCCAGCACCGUCGAGGAUGACUUUGGCGGCAAAAUCGGCAACGUGCGGCUACUGGGCGUGCGGCACGGCUCAGAGGGCGUGAAGAAUGAAAUCCUGGAGCAAUACGCCGGCUGGGUCUAG